GAGAAAACAUGGCGGCAGGAAGGCAACUAAGCAAAGGUUUGCUUAGAAAGCUUCAAAAUACUGCAAAAAAUAUUCUUUUUUACCGAUGUUUUUCAAAUAUCAAUGAAGAAACUACCCACUUUGGAUACGAGACCAUCUCCAAGGAAGAAAAGUCAGAAAGAGGUGCACAUUUUAAAACGUUAUGCUGUCUAUUUUCUAGUGUAACAAAAUAUUUGUUUAUAGGUACAAAUACAAAUAUGUACAAGGCCGCAGGACCAGGUUCGAUUCCUGUCAGAGGACCUAGUGUUGUAUUUUUCGUAACCAUUCCUAGUUAGGUCUUAAAAGUGUGUAUAUAUGCUCACUUGGAUUAUCCACCAAACUCGGCAUUCAAGUUCAACCAAGUCAAGUGCAAAAACCAACAAGGACUGCUAAACCAUGCAUGCUGAAUAUCUUCUGUUUGGGCAUCCAUUGGAAAAAGACGCUUCGCAAUCCAGACUAUAGGAAAUCUCAGCAACCUCUGCCCCUAAUAUUGACAUGUUUCUUUGCUUCAUGUAACUCUGUAUUAUUUCCCGUACUCAUUAUGAAUCUUGCAUUGUUUUCUUGCAGUUCAUCAUGUGUUUCACAAUGUAGCAGAUAAAUAUGACCUCAUGAAUGACCUGAUGAGUGGAGGCAUACAUCGUGUGUGGAAAGAUUAUUUUAUAUCAAAAAUACAUCCUCGCUACGGAAACAAGUUACUGGAUGUUGCAGGAGGAACGGGCGACAUUGCGAUGAGAUAUCUAAAUUAUAUAAAGUAUGAGAGAAGGAAAGCAAUGUUGCCUGAGAAUCAAAUAAUUGUAUGUGACGUGAAUCAAGCCAUGCUCCAUGUUGGAAAACGAAAAGCUGAACAUUUAGGAAUAAAUCAAGGUAGUAGUUGGUAAAAUAAUCAAGCCAAUUAUUUCAGUUAAUACAUCCAUCCAGAAAGUGGUUAUAGAGCCUUGUUUCUGUGUUUGAGACUCUUGUUACUGAUUAAAAAUAAUAAACAGGUCUUUUAUAUUGACUGGCUAACUGUAUGGGUUCGUAAAUGUCUCACCCAUAACAAGAUAAAGGGCUCUUAAUUAACCCAAUAUCUCAAUCGCAAAAAUAAGGCUCUACAGCCAUGACAUACACCAGAAGGGUGUAUUGGAUAAUUAAAUGUCAAUGUAUAAGUGAUCAAUGGCUAUUAACACUUUCAUUUUAGAAAUAUCCUGGGUUUGUGGCAACGGUGAGGACUUGCCGUUUGAAGAUAAUUCUUUUGAUGUUUAUACCAUUGCAUUUGGAAUACGAAACUUUACAAACAUUGAGAAGGUUUAUGUUAAUUGUCAUUGUCUGCAGUUGCUAAUUUCUUGUUUUAUUUCCUUGUUCAUAUAUGUGCUUAUUUGAAGGCUUUAGACGAGGCGUACAGAGUAUUAGCUCCUGGUGGAAGGUUUAUGUGUCUAGAAUUCAGCGCUGUUACAAAUCCCGUCUUAGAGAGGUAUAAGCAGUCAGCUUCAUAUUUGGAGAAAGAACUCAAUUCCAAAAAGUGAAGCCAAAGAUAGUGGAAAUUGAAGAGCUAGUGGAUGUGAACCCAGUUUCUUUCUAUUGUUUUUUCUGCACGGUCAGACACAGAGCUGCCAUGAGUAUGUGUGCUGAAAUUUUGACUUAAAGAUUAAUAUUAUGAUUUUGUGAAAACUUGAUUAGCAUUAUGGUCCUUUAGAAAAAAAAAACUAUAUAAAAACUGUUUAUGACCUUCAUAGCUAUUGGAUGUCAAUUCCACUAUCUUUUUGCUUCACUUAAUUGUCUCACAGGCCGAAUGCUCCAGAUAUAUAUGUAUAUCAUAACUCACUGGGUAUAAGUUGCACCACAUGAUUUUUUGAUUUUUUACAAGCAGACUAAAUAUUAAAAAUCUUCCAUAUUUGUAGGUUGUAUGAUAUGUAUUCAUUUCAAGUCAUUCCAAUAAUGGGACAAAUCAUUGCCAAAGACUGGGAUUCCUAUCAAUAUUUAGUAGAAAGUAUACGGCAAUUUCCUGAUCAGGUACAAAUCUCUGAUAAUUAAUAUAGUGGAUAUUUUAUUCAGACUAUUGUGACUAUAACGGCUGUCAAUUUUAUUCUCAUAGGAUGAAUUUUCCAAAAUGAUAAAUGAUUCUGGUUUUAGAAUGGUGAAUUAUGAAAAUCUAACUUUUGGUAUUGCGGCUAUCCAUUCAGCUUUCAAGUUAUAGCUACAUUUUUAGAAAGAAAUGUAUUUUUAAGUGUAAGAAAAUAAAAGACAGUACAUGCUCGUAUGUAUGAAGGAGGGGGUCGACUCUCUUGUGAUAUUAUUCUUUAUUGUAUUAAAAGCGUAGAAUGCUUACCAAUAUCAUACAAUUCAAUCAUGUUCAACUAUAAAGAUUUUGAAAUAUGCCUGGUUGAGUUGCAUGAUAUUGGCAAGUGUACUGUAGAAAAGUACAGCUUUCAAAAAGCUUCCUUGACAUUUUUUUGGCUGGGUGAUUCUUUUGUCAGUACCAGCACUCACUGAAGAGUUGGAAAAUUAUUGAAUGAUUAUCAUCAUAUGGAUUAGUAAUAGUAAAUAUAUAUAGUACUUAUUGACCGGAUGCAUAAGUAUGUUAAUGACAACAACUUAAGUUGCAAAUUACUUCUGAAAUUUAUUCCACUCUGACAACACAACUUAAUAUAAAAUUUAUACAUCAUUGUAGUAUCUAUAUAUUAUAUGCAAUAUUAAACGUAUUUUAGUUCAAAUGUCUUUUUUACAAAACGAACUAUGUUAUCAAAGUUCACUCAACCAGACUUAAACAACAAGAUGGCAACUUGUCCCAAAUAGAAGUAAAUGAAAUGCUUCGUUUCGUGUGUCACAUAGGAGCCAAAAUUUCUGCCAACAAUGCAAUGCCAUGUUGGGUUGAAUUUUUUGUCAAAUUCCUUCUUCACAUAGGCUGCGAUGUCUUUUUCGAUGUUAAAUUUCUCCAUUGCUUGGAUCGUGCAGUCGAUCGCAUCUUGUUGCAUGUCUUCAGACAUAUCUGCAUUCUUUACGACAGCUUUUCGUUCCGACAUCUA